AAUUAAUUGCAAUAAUGAAAUAAAAUAAGCAAAAAUUUUGAGUCAGGCAGUAAAAUACUAAAAAUGUUAAAUAUAUAAAAGUUUCAGAUGAAAAGUGAACUCACACUGGACGUCUAUCGACACUUCUACAUCCAGAGGAGUCACCAUCCGCCCUUAUCUGAGAUAAGCGCCCCAAGGGAGGACAAGAAGAAACUGCGACCCUGGUCUUCGUACUAUAACCAAUUCAAGCCGGUUCUUCUCAUACUCCGGCUUUUCGGCAGGUACAGCAUCCAACUUUCUGAAAAAGGAGAAUGGGUGAGUAAGCUCAUAUCCUGGAGUACACUGUACUGCUUAGUUAACUACGGCUUGCAGACCUACGUCGCGGUGAUUGUAUGCUUCCGCCGCGUGCAAGCUUUGGUGGACUCCCAACGCGACUACGAUGAGUUCAUAUUCUCUAUUCACAUACUGGCCUACCUCAACAUCCAUUUUCAUCUGCCAUUCACAUACUGGCUCCAGAAUUCCAGGAUGGCACAUUAUCUCAAUUUGUGGACUGAUUUCCAGCUGAACUGGGAAGCCACCUUCGGUGAGAAAUUGGAACUAAAAUACAAGAAAACAGUUUUGAUCUACGUGGCUGUGAUAAUCCCAUCAGUGGUCCUCUUCCUGGUCUUCGAGCAGUACUCCACCCUCCACGACCCAUGGCUCUAUUUCCUUCCAUACUUCUUCACGAUAGUCAGUACGGCGCUAAUCCUAGUCUUGUGGUUUCUAACCUGCGUUGAGCUAAAACGGUUAUCCGAAGAUCUAUCCCAAAAAUUGAUAGCGGCCCUGGAAGCCAAGCCUAACAAAUGGCUGCUGAAGAGGUGGCGCCACCUGUGGCUGGACUUGCGCCACCUGACUCUGUCACUAGGCACCGACCUCUCGGCGGUGCUCAUCUCCAUCAUGCUCACCUUCAGCACCACCUUCCUCCUCGGCCUCUUCAACGGCCUGGUCCAGCUCAUCUCGUACGCCAUCAGCUGGAAGGCCAUCGGCUACCUCUGCGCCAGCACCUUCUCCCUGGCCAUAGUCUUCACUAUCUGCGAUGCAGGCCACAGGGCUACCUCGAGUGUUGCAUCGUGUACCCUCACUUCUGUUUUAAAAGCGAAAAUUACGAUGACCAACGCUGAUAUCAGACACGAGAUAUUCUUGAUACUUGAAUCGAUAAAGGCAGGUGCACCUGAUAUUCAACUUGGUGGAUUUGUUACGCUUAACAGGCCAUUAGUAGUUAGUUUGAUAUCCAAUACCCUAACCUACCUAAUCGUUCUUCUGCAAUUUAAAGUGAAUGAAGAAGAAAACGUAGAGCAUUCAAGUAGUGGUAAAUAA